AUGGCUAUUGCGUUCAGAGCACUGCGGUUACUCUGCAGCAGCAGCGAUGAGCUGAUAAACGACGGUGUGGUGGUUGUUCGCGAUCGCAAAAUCGACAACGUUGGACCAUGGAGAACGAUACAGCCUUCUCUCCCCCGAGACGUUACCGUUAGGGACCUUGGUGACGUGACGUUGAUGCCGGGGCUCUUCGACUGCCAUGUACAUUUGCAGAUGGACCCUUCAAAGAUUAACACCUCCACCGCUAUCACUCUAACAGACGACGAGCUACUUCCCCUUAUGCAAACCAAUGCGCUGCGACUUUUAGAUGCCGGUGUAACAACAGCACGCGACCUAGGUUCACGUGGUAUCACGGCCGUCCACCUCCGCGAUAAAAUUAAAGCCGGAGAGGUCCCUGGACCACGCCUGCAGUGCGCCAAUGCCCCCUUGACAGUGGCCGGAGGGCAUUGCCACGCCAUGGGUGGAGUUUGCGAGGGCGUUGAAGGUGUUCGAGAAGAGGUCAGGAAGAGAGCAGCCGAGGGGGCUGAUCUCAUCAAGGUCAUGUCUACCGGGGGGUUCAUGACAGCCGGCUCACACCCAUCCCAGGCACGUUUCACACAAGAGGAGAUGAAUGCCAUCAAGGAUGAAGCCAGAAAAUUCAAUCUUCCAGUCACUGCCCAUGCUAUGGGUAUUGAAGGCAUCGAACGCGUGGCAAAUGCCAACUUCGACACGGUGGAACAUUGUGCCUGGAUCAACCGCGAGGGCCGGGCUGUUUUCGAUGCCGAUGUCGCCCGGAAGCUUUUAGACAACAACAUAGCUGUGUGCCCAACGAUGAAUAGCGCUUGCAUCGAGAAGCAUUACUUUUGCCCAUGGGAUAAGCGGGCUGUUGUAGUAGACAACUGGGUAUCCCUACGAAAGGCCAAUAUCAAGAUCUUCAUGGGUACCGAUUCAGGCAUUGGUCUUUGUCGUUUUGAACGCUAUGCCGACGGUCUUACCGUGAUGGCAGACGCAGGGUAUACAAAUCGGGAGUUGAUUGCGGCGGCGACCGAUGUGGCAGCUGAAGUCUGUGGCUUGGCAGGCGAGACUGGCAAGCUGGAACCUGGACUUGCGGCUGAUCUCGUCGCCUUCGCUGGAAACCCGUUGGAGGAUCUGAAUGCAUUUUUCGCACCGAAAUUUGUCAUGGCUUCCGGUCGAGAACACAAGCUCACCCCAAUUGAGCCCAUUGGCGACAAUGCAGAAGCUGGUGCUCUAACGGUAAAGCUGCUUAAGCAAGGUGCUGGCCUCCAAGAGGACAUUCCUAUCCAGAGAUAG